AGAAUUCAUGUUAUGAAAUAUCAAGGAAGUACUACAUCAGGUGUAGCAGGACACAGUGAGAGUAUUGUGGCCCAGGCACAUACAGGGGUUCUUUCUUGCCAGGGGGUACAUACAGAGAAAGAUCGGAUUCAGUUUUCAAGUUUAUCCAAAGGAUUCCUACCAGGAUGCAACAGUAUUUACCCUCAGCAUCCUCCUCCCUACCUACCCUACUCCCUCCCCUCUCUCUCCUCCGUCUCCCCCCUCUCCCCUCUCCUACCCUCCUGGUGCCUACACUCCCUCCUCCUACAGUCACAAGCUAAUCUACUUCAUCAGCUUCAACUCCAAGCUGCUCAAUCAGUGAGAGGACUGAACAGUCCUGUAUUAAUGAGACCGGAGAGUCCUGAUACAACAUCUCCGCUCAACCUCUCUAUUAAAGAAGAGACCAGGAUAAAAACUGAGGAUGGAAUCCGUUCUAGUCAAUCUACUCCUAGUCCUCCCCCCUCCCUGCCCUCCUGGACCAAGGGACGGGUCUGGUCUCCAGCAGUUGACCCAGCCCGGCGUAUCUGGUCACCAGCUGUAACCUGUGAGCAGGAGAGUAAGCUGAUCAACAACAACAACGUGACAGUGGACGUGAUGUGUGGAGAUUGUGGCGGGAUAAGCUCCAAGUUCCGUCCUGAUUCAUCAGGUCUCUGCUCCUCCUGCAUACAAGGACAGAGCAGAACGGAGAGAGCAUUUCCGUGUCCACAGUGCGGGAAAACAUUUAAAAGAAGCAGUACCUUAUCUACCCAUCUUUUAAUACACAGUGAUACACGUCCUUAUCCUUGUAACUUCUGCGGGAAGAGAUUUCAUCAAAAAUCUGACAUGAAGAAGCAUACGUACAUACAUACAGGGGAGAAGCCUCAUAAAUGUGUGGUCUGCAGUAAAGCGUUUUCACAAAGUAGCAACUUAAUUACUCACAUGAGAAAGCACACUGGAUAUAAACCUUUCGCAUGUGGAGUUUGUGAGAAACGGUUUCAGCGAAAGGUUGAUCUCCGUAGACACAGGGAGACUCAGCAUCCAGGAGAAACCAUACCAACCUCUCCCAUAUCCUAGGAACAUUCUUCUACUAGAUAUUGUAUAUUGAACCUGUCCUAGUUUAUAUUGAUUAACGAUCUAGUCUCAACUGUAGCUCUGGGUCUAGUCCUACAUACAGAUAAUAUCCUUCAAUCUGAACCAACUCCGCUCAAUUUAAACAAAUUCUCCUAAUUAUAAAUUCUAAUCUUUAGACCAAUUUCGUUCCAAUAAAAGUCACCAAGUGAAAAAUUGAUUACUGAUCAGUGUCCGUGGUUAGUGAUCGAUAAUUUCUUGACAGCGGUCGAUGAUCAAUGAUCAGUUAUAUAUGGGUUUGAUGACAGAUAUCUUUUUAUACACAAUUUGGAUAAGCUUUAUUUUCCAGGUUUCAAGUAUCCAGUUUUACAAAAAAUGAAUUAUUUUAUGAAAAACGGUUUUAAAGUUGAAUUGAACCUUUUCAUAAUGUUCCUAAGUCCGUUUCAUUCUCUCCUAAAAAGUUCAAACAGUAACUUUAUUUGUGUUAAAUAUCAUUUGUCACUUGUAUAAAAUUAUCAAAGGGAGUAGAAGAUAC